UCGGAAACUUCCCGACUUCACCAAAGCUCCAAGCUUUAGCCGACGAUUUAUCUUCUCAUAACUGAUUUGGAUUUCGGGGCCUACACAAUGUCUGCCCCAACCGAUGUCGUGAGUACUAAAGCUCCGCCAGCACCCGAGUCUCCUACCACUGCAAGACCGCUUGAGAUGGACGACGAUGAUGUUCAAGAACAAGGGGUGUUGGGCGCUGACGAGACCGCUUCCAAGUCCAACGCUGCAAACCCGGCGACGACCAACACGUCGGCCGCCGCGUCCGAUGAGGUCCCUCCGCCGAAGCCGCCUAGGCCAUUGACCGAAUCGCAACGGAUUCAGCAGACGCUGAAGGAAGCCUUCCCAUCUAUUGACGCUUCCGUCAUCAGGGCGGUCCUUACGGCCAGUGGCGGCCGCAUCGAGGCGGCCUUCAACGCACUGCUCGAGCUGACUGACCCGGAGGCCGCCGAGCGGGACCGGCCGCCUCCGCAACCCCCAAGGCCCUCGGCAGAGCCGGUCGGGCCGACUUCGACGGACUUGUCACAGCUUGAGGCUGACGAGCGCUACGCACGCCAGCUUGCGGAGCAGUACGAGAACGUGGGUGCGUACGAGGCAAGGACAGCAAACCGGGGCUACCGUAGCCAGCCCGCUCCCCGUGGCCGGCAGCAAACGGGUCUGAGGCCGGAGGACGAACGUGAACACAGUUUUAUCGACGACGACUUGCCCGUCAUCAAGGAGAGCCUACGCAAGGGCUUUUUGGAGACACAGGAGAAGGUCAACUCCUGGUUCACGAAUUUGAAGAAAAAAAUUGACGAGCAGUUUGACGACGAGGGCGACAACCACGGACAAGGGAGCAGCUCUUUCGUGGGUAGGCCGACCCGGGAUCAAACCCGGAGAAGCGCAGAUUAUGACCGGUACGAUGCGGAUCCCGAGCUGCUGAGCGACGAUUUCGCAGGCAUGAAAUUCCACAGUGACGGCACCCCGGUUCAACAACAGCGACCUUUUGGCGGUAGCAACCCCAACCUCUUUAAGCCCCCUCCGCCUUCAAAGUCGCCCAAGCCGAGCGAUGGCAGGAAGGUCUCCUUCCGUGACACGGUCGAGGACAUUGACGCUUACAAUGCGUCGCCCAAGAUCCCGCCAAAGGACAGCGCUGGCCCUGGAGGGGCGACCAAGACGAGCAAAUGGCAGCCACUGUCCUCAGUGGAUCCAAACCCAAUCGCCGAAAAUGACCCUUUCAGCCUGGGAGACAGUGACGACGAGCGGGACCUCAAAGACAAGACAGGGAGCAAGGAAAUCAAGAUGGAGGAUACCGAGAGGCUAAGGCAGGCCACGGCGGAUGCCAUGGCAGAUAGCCUUGUAGAGGAUAAGGCAAAGGGCGAGAGUUCCAAAUAGGCGUGGAUAAACAAACAACAGGGAAUGCCACUGGCAGGAGGUGUUAAUGGCACUUUUCUUUUUAUACCAAUGGCCUGCGCAAUAGGUAGUUCCUUGGUGGGAGUAUGGCAAGUUGAUUCCUAGCCGAAUGGCGGGUGAAUUAAGGCCAUCCGUAUCAAGUAGACUAUUU